UACCAGGACUCAAUAAAGAUUGUAAUGAAAAUGUAAAUGCUACUGGAACUCCAGCAACUUUCAUUACAAUCUUAAUUGAGUCCUGGGAAUGAAACUCUUGGUGGAACUGGACAGAUGUUGGUGUUCUAUAGCAAAUUGUUUCUGGACAACAUCACCAUGGGGGUGUUAACGAUGUUCCUGCUUCUCAGUGCUGCUUUUUCUUUGGGAGAUGCAUGUUUUAGGCCACACAGAUGUAAUCGGGGAUGGCACCAGUUUGGAUCCCGCUGCUUCCGUUUUGAAGAGACUCUGAGGUCAUGGACUGAGGCAGAGCGUCACUGUCAGUCUCUUGGUGGACACCUGGCCUCAGUACACAGCUGGAAGGAGUCUAGAUUCCUGAAGAUGUUGACUGUAGGUUCACCUUUGACCUGGAUUGGAGGAAAUGAUGGUGGUCGGCCAGAGUUGACAAAGGUACCUCGUCUGACUGGUGACAGGAGCUGGUCCUGGACUGAUGGAUCAGGAUUCAAUUACCAUGAAUGGGCACAAGGAGAACCCAACAACUAUAAUGGUGUCAGAGAGCCGUGCAUUCAGAUUAACUUUGGAGGUCUUUAUCGCUGGAACGAUGAAGUCUGUGAAAAGAACUUUGCUUCUGUCUGCUCCAGACGCCAUUAAAUCAACUGUUGCUGUGCCAUCGUCCUGUUGAAUGAUGUGGUUGUCAAUAAAACGGCUGAAGACAUUU